AUGACAGACUUGUGGUUGAUUUCUGUCCCUCUGGACAAGACCAGUUUGUCCAAUGUAGAGCAACUCAAACGCUCCAUUGCCAAAAUCGACCGGGCCUCCUGCUGCAAGUUCCAUAUUCCGGAUCUUAAGGUGGGGGUACUGGACAGCCUCCUCACUAUGUCAGAUGACCUCUCUAUGCUCGACAAACUGACAGAAAGUGUGAUCAAAAAAACAGGUCAGUGUAUGAAGGAGGUGAUGGAGCAUGCUGCUGACAAAGUGCUGGAAAAUGUCUUCGCCAAUGGAGACCACGGCAUAAACCAGAGAGUUGUCCUGUCACCACUGAACGCGUACCUCAAGUCUUUUAGGGCAGACCUGAUGAGCUACGUGACUAAGUUUCAGUGGGACAAAGCCAAGUAUCCCACAGCUCUGCCACUCUCUAGCCUGGCAGAUAUCAUCAACAAGGACGUUUCCCUGGUGGAGACUGAAUUGAAAUUUCAAUCCACAGCGUACAACAACGUGAAAGCAAGCUUGCAAAGUCUCGAGUACGAACUUGAUGGGAACUUGCAAACUCGCAGUCUAAAUGGCAUUGUGAGAAAGGAGGACCUGGUGUUCUCUGAGUACCUCACCACUCUGCUGGUCGUAGUGAGCAGAGGGAACUACCUGAAGUGGGAGAGGACCUAUGAAUCUCUGUCAGACUUUGUGGUUCCUCGGUCAAGCAGGAAGCUGCACGAAGAAGGAGAGAGCGGCGUUUUCUCUGUGACCCUCUUCAAAAGAGCUGUGUGUGAAUUCAAAGCCAAAGCCCAGCAGAGCAAGUUCACUGUGCGUGAGUACAGCUUUGAUCUGGAGGAGGCGAAGCAGCGGGAGAGGAAGCAACUUAGUGUUCACAAAAAGGAGCAAUAUGGAAUCUUUGUGCGUUGGCUGAAGGUUAAUUACAGUGAGACGUUUCGAGCCUGGAUUCACUUGAAAGCACUGAGGGUGUUUGUGGAAUCAGUCCUCAGGUAUGGAUUACCUGUGAGCUACCAGGCUCUCCUGCUGCAGACUGAGCGUAAGCACUCGCAGAAACUUAAAGACGAUCUCGCCUCCCUCUUCAUACACCUGGACCCCACUGCUACUGCCACUCAGCCAGGCGGUGACAUCCCAGCAGGACUGUGUCAGCAGGAGUACUUCUCCUAUGUGCGCUUCGACAUCAACACCAACGUGCUGGAGAUCAGUUAGCGGUCAGCGACUGAGAGCUUAUACCCACACGACCACCAUGCUGUGAGAACUCUCCGUUGCACACGCUCUCUCGCCUUUUCUCCAGGACAGUCCCUCAGCUUUGAGAGUGUGAUGGGCCCCUGACACUAAGUGAAGAAUAUAUCCUCAAAGGUCUCUUGCGGCGAUUCCUGGAGAGACAGAAGUCAACUGCCGGCCUCAGGCGGCGGUGUAAAUAAUCCUGCCAGGUUACCAGCGGAGCCAUUUCUAUAAAUUGACUGCCUAAAACACGUCACUCACUGUUUUCUCUUAAAUGAACAUGUACUGUAAAUAUUAAUGUCAGC